UGGGGGAAAGAUAGCGGGGGGGGGAGGGGGUGCCCCGGGCCGGCGCGGAUCCUGACUCCGGUGUGAGGCAGCGGCUAGGAAGGCGGGCGAGCGGAGGCCGGGUACAGGCGAGGGGGCCGGGUCGGAGCAGCCGGCGCUCGGGCCCAUGGCAGGGCCGGUCUGACCCGACGCGUUAGCCCCACAUGGAAGGAAGAGGUGGCGGCACCGGCACUAUGUUACCCAGCCAGGCCGGGAACGGCGCUGCCGCCUUGGCCCGGAGCGCGGUCAUGGGCAUGGCGCGAACCUCCUCCGGGCGGCCAGGUGCCGGGCUUCCCCGCGGGGCGAACGGCGGCGGCGCUGCUGCUGCAGGAGUGCGCGGGCCCGGCAACGGGACGGGCCCUCCCAGCGGCCAGGGGACGAUCGGCGGUCGCUUCGACCGAGACCGGGAUGUAAGCGUGGCGGUGGCGGCCAGCGGCAGCGAAGGCGAUUCGGACUCGGCCGAAGAUGAGGAGUUGGUGGGCGAGCGCCGCGGCAUCAAGCGGACUUUGGGGGACAUGGAACUAGGGGUGGGGGGUACGGAGGCGGCGGCCGCGGCGGCAGCGGCCGGGGCUUACGGCGGGGUGAGCGGGGCUGUGAGCGGCGCCAAGCCCGGCAAGAAGACCCGCGGCCGGGUCAAGAUCAAGAUGGAAUUUAUCGACAACAAGCUGCGACGCUACACCACCUUCAGCAAGAGGAAGACGGGCAUCAUGAAGAAGGCCUAUGAACUUUCCACCCUUACGGGCACUCAAGUGUUGCUACUUGUGGCCAGUGAGACAGGCCACGUCUAUACUUUCGCCACACGGAAACUGCAGCCAAUGAUCACCAGCGAGACGGGCAAGGCACUGAUCCAGACAUGCUUGAAUUCUCCUGACUCCCCUCCUCGGUCGGACCCAACCAGCGAUCAGCGCAUGAGUGCUACGGGCUUUGAGGAAACGGACCUUACGUAUCAGGUGUCUGAGUCGGACAGCAGCGGAGAAACAAAGGACUCACUGAAGCCAGCAUUCACUGUCACCAACCUUCCAGGGACGACGUCCACCAUCCAGACAGCACCCACAACAUCCACAUCCAUGCAGGUCAGCAGUGGGCCCUCGUUCCCCAUUACUAACUACUUAGCACCAGUCUCUGCCAGUGUCAGCCCCAGUACAGUCACCAGUGCCAACGGAACAGUGCUGAAAACCACUGGAACCAGCGCAGUGGCCUCUGGAGGACUCAUGCAGAUACCUACCGGCUUUACCCUCAUGUCAGCAGGUGCUCCACUCCCUCCCGGGACCCCUACCAUUCCUCUCACUCAGUUACAGCCGCACUCGCUGGCCCUCUCCAACCAGCAGGGCCAGGCUGUACCUGGACAGCUACAGCAGGCACAACAGACAGUCUUCCGAUUUCCAUCUACAGCCGGAGGGCAGAUUGUGUCUCUGACAGGUGGUGCAGUGGCUCAACAGGUUCCUGUGCAAGCCAUCCAGGUGCAUCAGGCCCCCCAGCAAACGUCUCCUACAAGCGACAACAGCACUGACAUCACACAGACCUCUUCCAGUGGGACAGUGACCUUGCCAGCUACAAUCAUGACUUCAUCUGUGCCAACCACUGUGGGAGGCCAUAUGAUGUACCCCAGUUCUCAUGCAGUGAUGUAUGCUCCUACAUCGGGCCUCACAGAUGGUGGCCUUGCUGUUCUCAAUGCCUUCUCCCAGGCCCCAUCAGCAAUGCAGGUUUCACAUGGGCAAGUCCAGGAUCAGGGUGGAGUCCCUCAGGUAUUCCUGACAGCUCCGUCAGGAACAGUUCAGAUCCCAGUCUCAGCUGUUCAGCUUCACCAGAUGGCUGUCAUUGGUCAGCAGAGCAGCAGCACUGCCAACUUGACAGAGCUGCAAGUGGUCAACUUGGAGGCAUCACACAGUUCCAAGAGUGACUGAGCAACUUUGGGAGGGACCUGGUGAGGCGAAGGGAAGACGUGUGUACCCAGCACCCGAACAUGAACCAGCAGAUGCCACCACCGCCUCCUCCAGCUUUAUGCUGCAUCUGGCCCUGGAUCUAUGGCACUCCUCAAGCUGCACGAGGAUCUCGGCAGUCCCUAUUUUUGUAUGGACUCCAUCACUUAUUUAUUGUUGCCUUUUACACGUUUUCUUCUCACACUUUACACUGACACCCCCAUCCACAAAAGCACCCACAGAAGUACAUAGAUGCAUAUUAAAAGUGGCUUCAAGGCCAGCAGCAGGAAGCUGAGCCUGGGCUGUAGGGGGACUUUGUUACACUGCAUUUACUGUUCUUUUUUUUGUUUUUUUUUUUGUUUUCCUUCUUGUUCCAGCCAAAGAAAUUUUCUCUCCUGAGUGGGAGAAUUUGCUCUGCCAUGUAUAAAACCUUCCCUCUGUUUUCAUUGCCAGGGAGGGAACUUUUCUCUCUCUUUGCCUUGCUGCUUCUGAUACAUAAGAAUGUCCUUGAAUGUCCUUAGUUUGUAACCUCUAGGCAGAGCAAUUGAGGCUGUGGGAAGAAGCUGCAGUCCAGAAGGGUGCGAAGCCAUUCUGAAAAAAAGGUAGUUUUUCUUCAGGCACAGCCGUUAUACACACACACACACACACACACACACACACACACACACACACACACACACGGGACAGUCACCACUUUGCCCUCCCCCAUUCCAGUUCAGGUCACUUCCUGGCUGCAGCUUUGUGCCUUCAAGCAACCCAUGAUGUGUUGUGGGUUGGCUUGCCAUUAUUCUUGGCUGGCAAAGAGAGGGUUCUUCCUGUUGGCAUUCCAGCUGGAGCAACUGAGCAUCUUGGAUUUCCUUUUACCCUUAAAGUAUCCCUCCUUUGGAAUCUCUUUUUUUGUUGCAUAGGAACUGACUUGGAGCAGCUUGCCCAUUUAGUCUGGCUGUACACACAUCUGACAGCCCAAACAAGAAUUGUUUACCCAUCUCCCUUUUUUCUUGGAAACACACUCAACAACUCAUAAGCCCAGUAGCAGACUUUCAUUUUGUGUAAUGCUUGAGUUUUGCUGAAUUUUUUUCUUUCUUCCUGAGACGGAAGAGCUACAGUCAUGUUAUAAUAAUAAUUAUUAUUAUUUUAAUUUUGGAAGGUAUAAAGCAGCCUUCCCCACUGGUGCUCUCCAAGAUGUAUUGGGUUCCAAACUCCAUAUCCACUAGCUUUUGGCAAUGCUGGGAAUUGUCGACUAAAAGAUUGGAAAAGGUUGAUGAAGGCUAGUGCUAAGGAAUGACAUUGGAGGCAAAUAAGGGUCGUUUUAAGAAAAAAAGUAUUUAAACUUAACUCAGCAGGCUUUCCCAAGGCAAUUGCACCCAUGAAUGAACUAUAACCAGUCUGGGAUACAAUAAUGUAACAUAGCCUAUGACAUUUGUUUGCUUCUCAGAUAGCCCUGAAAUGAGAUGGUAUGUUGCACCACCAUCAUGAAGCAUGUUUGGCCUGCACCUGCGAGACCUACAGCCUGGGAGUGGGUAGAUGGGAUGGGGCAAGCUUAACCCUAGAGUAUUUGUGAUAAAGGUUCUUCUCAUUUGUUUGUGAAGCCACUGCUGUGUCUACGUUCUU